UUGCUCUGACAGCUGUGGGCUAUACAGUUGCUUCCUGUGCGUUGCCUUCUCUUCAUUGCCUGCUUCUGCAGGCCAUGCAACAAGCUUCGGAGGGGCUCUUCCUCCUGGCCUUUGAGGAUAGAGACCUAGGUGGUCCCUAGACACUGGUGCUUGCCUCCCUUUGCAACGUUACUUUGGACGGAUUUAGUACUCAGGCCUUUGAAUCAGGAGAUACGAAGACCUUCAAAAAAAGACCAGUUCCUCGGAUGAGCCCCCUCACAGAGAGAUGAAGGGGCAGCAGAAAACAGCUGAAACCGAAGAGGGGACAGUGCAGAUUCAGGAAGGUGCAGUAGCUACUGGAGAGGACCCAACUAGUGUAGCUAUCGCCAGCAUCCAGUCAGCUGCUACUUUCCCUGAUCCCAACGUCAAGUACGUCUUCCGAACUGAGAAUGGGGGCCAGGUGAUGUACAGGGUGAUCCAGGUGUCUGAGGGGCAGCUGGAUGGCCAGACAGAGGGCACUGGCCCCAUCAGUGGCUCCCCUGCCACUCAGUCUAUGACCCAGGCAGUGAUCCAGGGUGCUUUCACCAGUGAUGAUGCAGUUGACUCGGAGGGAACAGCUGCUGAAACACAUUACACUUACUUUCCCAGCGCUGCGGUGGGAGAUGGGGCAGCGGGUACCACAUCUGGAAGUACAACUGCUGUUGUUACCACCCAGGGCUCAGAGGCACUACUGGGGCAGGCAACCCCUCCCAGCACUGGUCAGUUCUUUGUAAUGAUGUCACCACAAGAAGUAUUGCAGGGAGGGAGCCAGCGUUCAAUUGCCCCCAGGACCCACCCUUAUUCCCCGAAGUCAGAGGCUCCCAGAACAACUCGAGAUGAGAAGCGAAGGGCUCAACAUAAUGAAGUGGAGCGCCGUCGCCGGGACAAGAUCAACAACUGGAUUGUGCAGCUGUCCAAAAUCAUCCCAGACUGCUCUAUGGAGAGCACCAAGUCUGGCCAGAGUAAAGGUGGAAUCCUAUCCAAAGCCUGCGAUUAUAUCCAGGAGCUGCGGCAGAGCAACCACCGGUUGUCUGAAGAAUUGCAGGGCUUAGAUCAGCUGCAGCUGGACAAUGAUGUGCUUCGACAACAGGUGGAAGAUCUUAAAAACAAGAACCUGCUACUGCGAGCUCAGUUACGGCACCAUGGAUUAGAGGUCGUCAUCAAGAAUGACAGCAACUAACUGUGGGGAUCCAGGGGCUUUGGUCCCUAGAACUGCAGAUAUUCCAGGAGCAACAGGCUAAUAACCCCACGCCCUUUGCCCCCACUGCCUACUUCUGGCGUGGGACUGGGGGGAGUUUGGCAAGCGUGUCUUUGAACUGAGGCCCUGUGGUGUGGCAGUCUGCAGUGAGUGGUGUGAGACACGAAGGGGACAUUAACUGACACAUUGCCUGCUCCCACUGUGCAGUCCCCGGGCCCUUGUGCUCCUUUUGCACAUUGCAUGUGCUCUAUCCAUGGACACUGGACACACUAAAUCUGGGCUUGCCUUGUGCUUGCUUAGAGUGCCCAGCAGAGGGUCUGCGGACACUCUGUGGGUCUAGCACUCCCACUGGUUCCUCCUUUCCCCGGAGCAGAAGUUAAGAUACUCACCUGAUUACUCUGGGGAGCAGGCUUGCUCAAGAAGUGGGGAAGGAUGCUAGGUGGCUGCUAUCCCAUAAAUAGUAGAGAGGCCAGUGAGCAGUUGGGGCCUCUGCAGAAGUCUGAAGCCAGGGAGAAAGAUAGGCAGGGGCUCACUGAGAGCCUUCCC